GUUCUAUUUGUUGAGGCGUUACAUUUACAAUCAAAAAGAAAAACCUGCUAUGUUUUUGUUGUUUUGGAAACAAAAUCGCCUGACAUUUUUUUCUAACGCAAACGCAUUUGAUAAAUUAAUUAAUUAAUUAAUCAAAUCAAUCUCACAGCAAGCAAAGGAAACACGUUGAUUUUGUGUGUCUAAAAAAAAGAAUAGAAUUUUUAAAAAAAUAGAUUUGUCACGUAAACAAAACAAUGUUAAAAAAUGUAAUAAAAUUAUGGCUAAAUUUUAUAUUAAUCAACCGUCAUUAUCUGUAUUGUUUUUAUUGUAUAUAACCCUUUUUAUUUGCACAUUUAAUCAUCAUCAUAAUUAUGUUCAUUCAGCGAAUAUCACUGUUGAAGAAGCAAAGGAUGUUGCUGUUCGUGAUCAUAUGCUAUUGAUUACAACAUUGGAUGGUUCAUUUCAUGCUGUAUCACAACGUAAUGGUCUUAUAAAAUGGACAAUACCAAAUCGACCAAUAUUACAAAUGUCACCAUUAAUUAAUAUAAGUGAUGAUAAUAAACAACAUCAUUAUCUUUUACCUGAUCCAAAAGAUGGUACAUUAUAUUUAUUUAAUGGUUUUAAUAAUAAACAAAAUCAUCGUACAACAUUGGAAAAAUUACCAUUUACUAUAAGUGAAUUAGUUUCAACAUCACCAUGUCGUAGUUCGGAUGGUAUGAUUUAUACAAGUAAAAAAAUUGAUGAAUGGAUCAUUUUUGAUAUUGAAACGGGUACAAAAAUUGAUUCAUUAAAUACUGAUUCACCUGUUUGUUCAACACCUGAUGAACCACCACCGAUCGCUACAAAUCGUUUAUUCAAUACAGCAACGCACAAUCUUUUACAUUUGUUCAAAAGUGAAUAUCAAAUAUCGAUAUUUAGUUCGGAAAAUCGUGAAAAAAUAUUCAAUUUUACCUAUAUUGAUUAUUCACCAUCAAUGAUUAGUUCAAUAUCACAAAGUUCAUAUGAAUUUUUACAUCUUACAUCAAGUACAAAUGGAAAAAUUGCUACAAUGGAUGUUACAAAUGGUCAUAAUUCUUUUCUAUGGUCAUUUGAAUUUGAAUCACCAAUAGUAUCGAUAUAUCGAUUAUCUGAAACGGCAAAUUUUCCAAUCAUACAUCGUGUUCCUUUCUUUACGAUUGGUGGUUUUAUUAAUACGACAAAUUUUUUCGGCACAAAACCAAAUCUAUUUCCAUCGGUUUAUGUUGGUGAAUUGAAUAGUGAAUCAAAAUCAUUAUAUGCAUUAAGUGCAUUGGUUGAAACAAAUCAAAUACGUAAAGAUUCGGAUUAUCUGAUUGAAGGUCCAUUACAAACUGGAAAAUUUGAUAAUAGAUUUAAUCUAUUAAAAUAUCUUUUAGGUUAUUAUGAAUAUCCAAAAGAUUCGAAUGUUAAAUUUUCGGUUAUACCACGUACACAGCUUAUAUCGAAUGUUGCCUAUUCAAUCGAUGAUAAUGGUGGUGGUGGUCGAUCAUCACAGCUACAAAUUCAAGAUUCAUCGAAUCAAAAAACAUUGGCAAAUCUGAAUGAUGAUGCUACAUAUUAUACAUAUUGGGUUUUCAAUCUUAUUAUUAUGUUUCUUUUACUUAUUAUAAUGGCAAUGUUAUUACCAAUUUUUAUAAUGUUUUAUUGGGAUAAACGUCGUAUUAUUACGGAUAAAAAGAUAUCAUCAUCUUCGACGAAAACAACAACAACAAUGAAUGAUAAUCAAAUUAGUAUUGGUAAAAUAACAUUUAAUCCAAGUCAAAUAAUUGGUCGUGGUUGUGCCGGUACAUGUGUGUAUAAAGGAUUAUUUGAAGGUAAACAAAAAGUUGCUGUUAAACGUAUUGUAUCGGAUUGUUUUCGUUUGGCUAAUCGUGAAAUUGAUUUACUUCGUCAAUUACAACAUCCAAAUUUAAUUCGUUAUUUUGCAACUGAAUUUGAUGAACAAUUCAGUUAUAUUGCAAUUGAAUUGGCUGAAAUGACAUUAGCUGAUUAUAUUGAACGAUUGAAAAAUGAUUCAAUUGAUUCAACAUUAAGAUUGGAUAAAAUUGAUUUAUUGAAACAAGCUUGUUCAGGUCUUUAUCAUUUACAUUCAUUAGAUAUUGUACAUCGUGAUAUUAAACCGGCAAAUAUAUUAAUAUCAUCGAAUAAUUUACAAAAACAACCACCAAAAAUAAUGAUUACGGAUUUUGGUGUAUCGAAAAUUCUUACAUCCGAAUCAAUAACAACAACAACAACAAAUAUGAAUGAUAAUCGUUCAGCCGGUACUGAAGGUUGGAUUGCACCGGAAAUUCUUAAACGAAAAUUGAAUGGUGAAAAUGGUGAAAAACCAUCCAAACCAAAUGAUAUAUUUUCAUUAGGUUGUGUAAUAUAUUUUACACAUACAGAUGGUGAUCAUCCAUUUGGUAAUUUAUUAAAUAGACAAAAUGCAAUAUUAAAUGGCCAAUCAGAUUUGAAUCGAUUAAAUAAUGAAGAUGAUAUUUGUCUUCGAUCAUUAGUUGAAUCAAUGAUUGAUCCAAAAAUUGAAAAUCGUCCACCAAUUGAGGCUGUGGUAAAACAUCCAUAUUUUUGGAAUGAACAACAAUCAUUACAAUUUAUGCAAGAUGUUUCGGAUCGUUUUGAAUGUAUACAAUCAGAUUCUGAAUUAUUACGUACGCUGGAACAAGGUUCAUUGGAUGUUUGUCGUGGUGAUUGGCGUCGUUGUAUAACAAUUGAAUUACAAGAAGAUUUACGUAAAUUUCGUUCAUAUCGUGGACAAUCUGUACGUGAUUUAUUACGAGCGAUUAGAAAUAAACGUCAUCAUUAUCAUGAACUUGAUCCAAGUGUACAACGAUCAUUAGGUACAAUACCGAAUGAAUUUUCAAAAUAUUUUACAAAACGUUUUCCAAGACUUAUUAUACAUUCAUAUAUUGCAUUACAAUCAUGUUCAAAUGAAGAUUUAUUUCAACAUUAUUAUUAUCAUCAUCAAAAAUCUGUUGAUAAUAAUAAAGAUUCAUUUCAAUUUAAACCAUUACCAAGAGCAACAGUACGUUGGAAUGAAAGAUGGAAAGAUGAUAAUAAUAAUGGUAAUGGUGGUGGUCAACAUCCAUUUGCAUUCAAUCUAAGACAACGAAAAAAACAUCCACCACAAUCAUCAUCACCUAAUUCUUCUCGACAACAAACCAAAACGAUUGAAAAUGAUUCGUCAAAUGUAAACGACAAAUCAUCAGAUCUAAACAUUGAACAAACAAAUGAUUCCCAUUUCUACAAUGAUGUAUUCAAAGGGUGAUCAAAUCAAAAAAAAAAUUU